AUGAAGUUUGAGGACGUACUUGCAGAAGUUAACGGCUUUGGAAAAUUCCAAAUAAGGACAGUCCUGCUGACAGCGAUCCCUCGUAUUUCUUUACCUCUUCACUUUUUACUAAAUAACUUCAUCGCUGCCAUCCCUCCUCACCACUGCGACAUCAGCUCUCUGGAUGAUGGAGGUAUUUUCAGGAAUUUAUCCCAGGCAGAAAGGCUUGUUGUGAGUAUACCUGUACAGGAGGAUGGGACUCAAAGCUCCUGUCAGAUGUUCACUGAGCCUCAGUACCACCUGCUGCUCAACUCCUCCAACAUCACUGAACUACAGACUGUGCCAUGCCAGGAUGGAUGGGUGUAUGACAACUCCACCUUCAAGUCUACUCUGGCCUCAGAUGUGAGAUUUGUUUUUGUGAGAUAUGAGCAUUUAAUUAUACCAAAUAAGCCAUCUUAUUCCUGAUCUAUUUUGUGUGUUUUCCAUGCAGUGGGAUCUGGUUUGUGAUAAUAGAAGGGCGAACAAAUUUGCUGCCACCAUUUUCUUCACAGGGGUCAUGGUUGGAGCAGUAGUGUUUGGAUAUCUCAGCGACAGGUGUUUCAGAAUUAACCAUCAACCCCAUUACAUUGACUUGAAAUCAGAAAUCAACCUUUUUUUAAGUUGAUCUUAUUUUUCUCUCACAGGUUUGGCAGGAAAACUAUGAUCCUGGUGUCAUACAUAGCGGCCACCGUCUUUGGAAUUGCCAGUGCUUUUUCCUUUGACUAUACUACGUUUGCUGUCAUGAGGUUCCUCACUGGAUUAGGACUAUCCGGAAUAGGUUUUAUCACAAUUGCCAUUUGUAAGUGCACUGUCAGGAUUUUUGAGAAAAAUAACUAGCAAAUGUGAAUUUAAGCAUGUCAUGAUAAACCUACUCUCCUCAGGUGUUGAAUGGGCAGACAUCAAGCAUCGUGCUGCAGUGUGUGUUUUGACAAGUCUGGACUGGAGUUUUGGACUGGCUCUUCAGUCUGUAAUUGCUUUUUUUGUGAGAGAUUGGAGGUACCUGACUGUUAUAGCAAACAUUCCACUUUUUCUGGCAAUAGCCACUUGGUGGUAAGGACUUGUUGAGAUUCCAGUGGUUCCCAUUUUUGCAGUGGGGUUUGUGAAGACUAAGAUAAGAAAUCAUAAGUUGAUAUUUAAUGACUUCAUCACAGGUGGGUCCCUGAAUCGGCCAGAUGGCUGAUAAGCAAUGGAAAGAUCCAAAAAGCUCAUUUUUACCUGAGUAAGUGUGCACAAGUGAAUGGCAGAGAGCAGUUCAUGGCUGACCUGAAGCCUGAGGUAUGUUGUGUGUUAUCUCAUCAGACUGACUUCAUUACCUUUCCCCUUAAAUAUUACCAAAACAAAUAUGAUGUUCUUCUAAUAUGACCCAUGUUCACUCUUUGAAUCGGAACCCUUUAAAGCCUUACAUUAUCUGCCCAAGAUAGUGAUUAUUACCCCAAUUUUCACUGCAUCCGGAACGGCGGUAAUUUUCACCGUCCGCCACGUCUGACCGGAUCGGUUUGUGAAGCGAAUUUCAUGGCGGAUUAUGGACAGCCAGUUUCCAUAACCAAGGAUCAGGCCGCCAAGGCUCCCGCCUUGGUCAGCCGCCCAAUCCCUCAAGCACCGGACCCUUCAUGUUCCUCCUGCGAGUGGUGUGUCCACUGGAGAUGGUGCCCAUGUGGCCCCACAGGGCCCGGCCACCAGAUGCUCGCCAACAAAUCCCAACCCCGGGCCUGGCUCCAGGGUGGAGCCCUGGUGUCCCUCUGGGCUGGGUACACUUUUUCCCUUUGUUCUUCUCCAUGAGGGUCUUCUGAACUGUUCUUAGUCUGACCUUUCACCUAGGACCAAUCUGCCUUGGGAGACCCUACCAGGGACAAAAUGCCCUGGACAGCAUAGCUCCUAGGUUCAUUAGAGCACACAAACUCCUCCACCACGGUAAGGUGACAGUUCAAGGAGGAGUCCACAUCAAGAGGAGUCAGCUGAGAUUGCUCGGAUAUCUGGUUAGGAUGCCUUCUGGACGCCUCCUGUUAGAGGAGUUCUGGCAUGUCCCACCGGGAGGAGACCCUGUGGCUGGCCCAGGACCAGGUGGAGGGACUAUAUCUCUUGCCUGGCCUGGGAGCGCCUGGGAAUCCCCCCGGAGGAGCUGGUGGAAGUGGCUGGGGUGAGGACCGUCUGGGCUUCCCUCCUGAACCUGCUGCCCCCGCGACGCGGUCCCAGAUAAGCAGAAGUAAACGACGACAAUGAUUAUGGACAGCAGGAAUUGCAAGAACUCACAAGAACCCGCGGAUUCAUGUGCAAUCGUGCGAUAACAAGUUGUCUUUAGCCACAUAGGGUAUCCAUAUUAGCAGUAGAUUGUGUCCUCCCAGAGGAGGAAAUCUACUUCUAGACUUAAGCAACCAGCAUCCUCUAUCCAUGUUGUCAUCGGGAUGAAAUGCUGUCUAUAAACCUCUUACUUGUUCGUCCCCACCCGUUUGCAUGGUGUGAAAUACGAUCCGCCUGAAACACAGUGUUUUAUUUUGAAAAGAAGCUGGAUGUUUUAUUUUGUGUCUGUGCCCCACUUCCUUUCCAGUGCGGGUUAAUCUGUGCUGAAUUUAUCCGGCAUGCUCCGGCUUCUGGAAAAAUAGAACUCUUGUAAACAGCUGUGGAGUCCAGGAAUCCACAGCGGAACCGAAAGAAACCUGUGAAAAUUGACCCACUGACUUGAAUGGUUACGAUCAGCUGCAAUUGGCAGAUAUGGCCUUUUCAUAGCCAUUCCAGAUGCAGUGGAUAUUGGGGGUUAGUACUGUCUCAAGAAGUUGUCAUGGAUAUUUUUACAUAGCACACACUGUGAUUCUUUUCUUGACACUAAUUUUUUUUUUUUUUAACCAAAAUUAUUACUUCUUUGUCUGUAUGAAACUUAACUGGAAAUGUGACUAAAGGUUGUCAUUUUUUUUCCAGGAAUGAGGAUACAUUGUACAAUUGAUAAUUAUAUCUGAAAAAUUGUCUAUAAUUUUCAUGUGAACAACAGUAUAGAAAUACAUUGAUCUAAUUAUCUCUAGUUUGUAACUGACACCUGCUGCAGUGUUAAAUUAUUGUUUCUAUUCACCAGGUUCUGUCUAAUGUAAUAUUGGUAGAAAAUGACAAAAGGAAAUACUCCUAUUUGGACCUCUUCAAGACCCCCAGGAUGAGGAAAGUGGCUCUGCUAACUUCCACUGUGUGGUAUUUAUGUUUUUCUAUUAAAGUAACUACAUUAUGAUGGUUAAAUAACUGAAAUAAAGGAUAAUCUGUACAGCCCACUGUCUAGAUAACCACUCAGCCUUAACCGUAAGAUACAACACUAAAAAGAGUCCUGAAAGAGAGGAAUUACCCGCUCAUGGCUAAUUUUUUUUUUCUUCUUUCGAUGGUACAAUUUCAACGAUUAUUUUCAGUUUGAUGAUUUCAUUUUGCAGUGAAAUUUGACCCAAUAACUAGAAAAUAAUUGGACAGCCAGUUUAGCUGAAGUUUAUGUAAGAUUUAUGGUACAGGCAGACAAUUGCAGACAUUUUAAGUACAAUGUAUGCCUUGUAUCAAAAACACCUCUUCUAUUUCAUAGGUUUGGAGUGGCCUGCACUUACUAUGGAAUCAGCUUAAAUGUGGCAGGAUUUGGAGUUAACAUUUACCUCACGCAGUUCAUCUUUGGGGCUUCAGAAGUUCCAGCAAAAUUUUUUGUCUAUUUCUCCUUGGACAAAAUUGGCCGACGGUUAAUUCUGGCUGGGACAAUCUUUAUGACCGGACUGUGCAUCUUCUGCAACAUGUUUAUCCCUUCAGGUGAUCAAUUCAUGCCUGUGCUACUGGCAUUUCUACACUUCCGAUUUUGAUAUCAAACAUAAGAAAAAAGGUGUAAUAAAUUAAACAUUGGAUGUUGUGGCUGUAUAGUGCCUCUGACACUUUACCAAGGUAAGGGUUUGUAUAUGUUCACACAAUUCAAUUAUCUGUUUCUCAGAGGUUCCUCAAGCCUUAUCUUGUACUUAUGACAUUUUAACAGAAUUCAUAGUUUUGCUCACAAACUAAAAAGUUAUUUGGAAUUGUGUCUCUUUAUUCUGAUAACAACAACAAUAACUGGCUAAACCCACAGGAUCCGGUACAGCCCCGCUCUGGUCCAGACCGGCAGGCGGAUCAGAUUCGCAAGCAUACAGUGCCCACUGGAUCCGAUCUGCCGCCGCCAUCAAAGGAGAAGUGCUCGCGAGAUUACUGCUAUUUCAAGACUGGACGAGAUCUUGCAAGCGCUUGUGUGUUUCCUCAGGAGUCAUAGACUGAGAUCCGCCGAUUGGUGUAUAUAAACGGCGGUGUAUAUAAACACCCAUAUCCCACAACCCUGGCCUCUCCUAUUAUCAAGUUAAGAACAGUUCAAUGUAUUGACUUUAUUUUAUUUUGAAAAUUAACCGGAUACUUUUCUGUGAGGGAAGGGGUGGGCAACCAUGAGCCAUGGAGGGCCGAGAGGCUGCAGGUUUUCUUUCCAACCCAAAACUCCACCAGGUGAUUUCACUGAUUACCUUACCUCAAAGAAGAGAGCAGGAACUAAUCAGUGAAAUCACCUGGUGGAGUUUUGGGUUGGAAAGAAAACCUGCAGCCUCUCGGCUCUCCAUGGCACAUGAUUGCCCAUCCCUGCUGUAGCGGCAUACAACUUCCGCUGCUGCUCGUGUUGCGCUGCACUGAAUUGAUGCACUGUGCUCCAGCAUCCAGGAAAAAAAGGAGGUUUUGCGUAUCUGAUCCAGCUGCCAGAGCUGAUCCGCAACAGAGCUGGACACUGGGCAGAUUCUGUGGAAUAACUCACAUUGAUUAAAAUGCUUGCGGAUUUGAUCCACUGGCCGUGCCGGGGCGGAGAAGAGCCGUUUCGGAUCCUGUGGGUUUUGCCCAUAACAAAACACUUUUGGUCUAUCACAGCCACAUUUUUUCUUACCCAUUGUCAUUUUCAAAGACCUUCCUUCUGCAGAGAUCCAAGCGCUCAUUAGCAAUUCGCUUCUAAGUCAUGGGCGGAGACAGCGCUGCUCUGCACACUUCUCUUCAUGCCAGCUUGCAGCCUAACAUUCCUGGUGUAGUAGUAGUAGCAAGUAACAUAGGAGCUAUUCAGCUCUUGAACACUAAUGUCUUUGGAGGAAGGAUAAAAGCUAAGUUCUUACGAGCAUUGCAAUCUCCUUCUGCACAUGCUUGUUCCGCGAUCGUCCUCUCUACUUUUCCCAGUGUGGCCUGCAUAGCAGGGCUCUGGGGGCGGAGCUUAUAUUUGCUACAUAGGAAAUCUCACUGAAACGGAGUCUGCCAUUUGGGUCUGCCAGAGAUAAACAGCGAUUUGAAUGCAGAAAUACUCAGAAAUCAAAUUUUGCACUUAGCUUUCUCAUGAUAUGUCCUGUAGCAAAAAUGCCAUAUGAACAUAGACAACAAGAAAAACAUUUUCCUCGGAGUGGGUCUUUACGAUCCAGCUGUGAUCUAGUUGGUAAUGUUAAACUUGGUGAACCACAAUUACUCAGCUGGAAAUCAACAUAGGAUACAUGUGCUCAUGUGCAUAAAAUAAAAAUCCCAUCAAGUUAUGAGAUAAUCCCAAAUCCCAAAAAUUUUAUAUUCCAGAUAUGGGGAUAUUCAGGACUGCUGUGGCUGCUUUGGGAAAGAUGUUUUCAGAGGCGGCCUUUACAACAGUAUCUCUGUUCACAACGGAGCUUUAUCCCACUGUAAUGAGGUCAGUGAUCUCUUUUAUAUACAAGUUUUAACCGUGUACAUUUACAAUCAAUGUUGACUGAGUUUAAGUUAUAUCCUAUAUCUUGUGUAUUUUUGGCCACACAGACAAAAUGGACUGGGUUUCUGCGCUUUUUUCGCUCGAAUAGGUGUAUCAGUUGCACCUCUCAUUAUGGUUCUUGAAGAAGUAUGGGGCCAUUUUCCGGGUACUGUUUUUACUCUGUUGGCUUUUGUUUGUGGGAUGGUGACUUUAUGUCUUUCGGAUACAAGCAAAGUUCCUUUACCAGAGACGAUCGAGGAUGUGGAACAGACCAGGUAUUUGGAGCUUUGUUAGUACUGCAGCCGUAAAUUUUAAUGAGAGUUUCACUUAAAAAAUGAUUUAAAAAUGUCUUUUGUGUUUCAGGAGAAGAUCAGUUACUUCAUCUGAGGAGAAAUCCCAGCUUUAAAAACAUUGCACCGCUGAAUUAUAGAGAAUUGAUGAUGUUAACUGUUAUGCAAAAUAAAACAAAAAGUUAUAAAAACAAGCUAUUACGAACUUGUGGAUGAAUAGUGAAUUAAAAAAGAGAAAAAACUGGAUGUUUCAAUUUUUAAACCCUUUCUGUUUAAGUUAAUAUAAGACUGACAAGAAGGUUUGAAGAAUAAUAUUAUUUGUACCUCAAUGAUCACAAACGUGAUCAAGGUCUGUUAAACAGCUCUGUGAGACUAGGAUACAAAUUAUACAAUAUGAUACGAUAUAAACAAUAUCAUACAUUACGAUAUGAUACAAUACGAUAUGAUAAAAUAUGAUCAACUAGCCCCCAAAAUGACAGUUGAACUUGAGGGCUUUUUUAUGAAAAAAAAAACAAUAAAAACACAACAACCCACAUGUACACAGAAAAGACAGACCCACCACAAGCCUAUACAAUAUACAAAACACAUCAACCAUAUUGCACAUUUUUGUGUCACUGAUCUUUUUUAUUUGAAGUACUUGGUGUAAAAAUUGACAACAAUAUUUCAACAAUUUUUGGGUAGUGAUCUAAAUUGGGUUCCUUGGAAGUAAUCAAAGUAAAUGUGUCCAUGGAUUUGUUAUAACUGUUGCAACAGGCCCAGUUUGAGAGGCCCUUUGUACAUUAACAAAUAAUACUGAACAUAAAACUUUGACUGAAAUGAAUAAAUUCAUAUUAAAAUUAUGGAUUGUUGUGUCAUUAUUCAUUAGUACACACUAAGGAGAUUCAAAAUAUAACUUCAGAAAUAUAAAUAACACCAACAUUUUUUUGGUAAACUUUAGAAACAUUUUGAAGAAAAUGUCAUGUGCAUCAAGUGCAUGUCCUCAGUUGUACUAAGUAUUUGUUUUCAUGUUAUAAUCUAAUCCAAACUGUUCAGGGAAUGUCAUGGUGUGAUUUUUCUGUCUUUGGUUUGAAUGUAUGUGUCCUAAGAGUACACUUUGGACAAUGUUCCUUCCUCAGUAUUCACUAAAUAUUAAUCUACCUUGUUCAGUGAGAACAUUUCUUUACACAUUUACAUAUUCUCAGCUGACCAUUGACCAGCAGCAUUUUAACAGUGUUCAAAAGGCUCAUCAGCCCUUUCCAAACAUAUAAACUGGUGUUCUUGAAGCUGUCUGUCUUAGUUUUCAGUCAUAUUUGAAAGUGUUGCAUCAUUAAUUAACAAGAUGAAGUUUGAGGACGUACUUGCAGAAGUUAACGGCUUUGGAAAAUUCCAAAUAAGGACAGUCCUGCUAACAGCGAUGCCUCGUCUUGCUUUACCUCUCCACUUUUUACUCAAUAACUUCAUCGCUGCCAUCCCUCCUCACCACUGCGACAUCAGUUCUCUGGAUGAUGGAGGUAUUUUCAGGAAUUUAUCCCAGGCAGAAAGGCUUGUUGUGAGUAUACCUGUACAGGAGGAUGGGACUCAAAGCUCCUGUCAAAUGUUCUCUGAGCCUCAGUACCACCUGCUGCUCAACUCCUCCAACAUCACUGAACUACAGACUGUGCCAUGCCAGGAUGGAUGGGUGUAUGACAACUCCACCUUCAAGUCUACUCUGGCCUCAGAUGUGAGAUUUGUUUGUGUGAGAUAUGAGCAUUUAAUUAUACCAAGUAAGCCAUCUUAUUCCUGAUUUAUUUUGUGUGUUUUCUAUGCAGUGGGAUCUGGUUUGUGAUAAUAGAAGAGCAAACAAAGCCGCUGCCACCAUUUUCUUCAUGGGGGUCAUGGUUGGAGCAGCAGUGUUUGGAUAUCUCAGUGACAGGUGUUUCAGCGUUAACCAGGGGAUUUUUUCAGGUUUCAAUAUACUCACUGUCAAAAAAACUCAAAGCUCCUGUGUGAAACUCCUGUGUGCUUCCAGUGAUGAUUGCCAAUAGUCUCCCCUCUCGCUAUCACUUUUACAUAAAAUCAGCAAACUUGCAUCACACUUUGAGCCCUAUAACAAGGACUCAGUGUGUGAGCAGAAGCUUAUUUGUUCAAAACACAUACAGUAUAUCACGUCAAGUUUUGUUUCCAGUAACCCAUUACAUCAACUCAAACUCAGAAGUAAACCUUUUUUUUUUAGUUGAUCUUAUUUUUUCUCUCACAGGUUUGGCAGGAAAAGUAUGCUCCUGGUGUCGUACAUUGUGGCUGCCGUCUUUGGAAUUGCCAGUGCUUUUUCCUUUAACUAUACCAUGUUUGCUGUCAUGAGGUUUUUCACUGGAUUUGGAAUAUCCGGAAUAGGUUUUAUCACAGUUGCCCUUUGUAAGUGCACUGUCAUAAUUAAUUACAGAAAUAACCAACAGCUGUGAAUUUAAGCAUGUUAUGAUUAUUCUACUCUGUUCUAGGUGUUGAAUGGGUGGACAUCAAGCAUCGUGCUGUAGUGAGUGUUUUGGCAAGUCUGGACUGGAGUUUUGGAAUGGCUCUUCUGUCUUUAAUUGCUUAUUCUGUGAGGGAUUGGAGGUACCUGACUGUUAUAGCAAACACUCCACUUAUUCUGGCAAUGGCCACUUGGCGGUAAGGACUUAACUUGUUGAGAUUCCUGUGGUGCCUAUUUAUGCAGUGGGGUUUGUGAAGACUAAGACAAGAAAUCUUAGGUUGACAUUUAAUGUCUUCGUCAUAGGUGGGUCCCUGAAUCGGCCAGAUGGCUGAUAAGCAAUGGAAAGAUCCAAAAAGCUCAUUUUUACCUGCGCAAGUGUGCACAAGUGAAUGGCAGAGAGCAGUUCAUGGCUGACCUGAAGCCUGAGGUAUGUUGUGUAUUAUCUCAUCAGACUUUUUUCUUUCCCUUUUAAUUACAUCUUAUGGUCUUGAGUUAUUUUUGUGAAGUAGUAUAGUAGUAGUAUAGAAACAUAUUGAUCUAAGUAUCUCUAGUUUGUAACUGACACCUGCUGCACAGUUAAAUUAUUGUUUCUAAUCAUCAGGUUCUGUCUAAUGUAAUAUUGGUAGAAAAUGACAAAAGGAAAUACUCCUAUUUGGACCUCUUCAGGACCCCCAGGAUGAGGAAAUUGGCUCUACUUACUUGCACAGUGUGGUAUUUAUGUUUUUUAUUUAAAAAUAACUACAUUAUGAUGGUUAAAUAGCUGAAAUUAAAAUAAUAAUAGUAAUCUGUACAGCCCAAUGCCCAGAUAACCACUCAGCCGUAACCUUAAGAAACAAGAUAGGAACACAGUGGAAAACUGGGUCAUUUGUAAGUUGUUGAAAUACUGCACUGAAAAGUGUCCUGAAAUAGAAAUAUAUUUAAGUUUAUUAUGUACCUUGAUUCCAAGAAUUUGGGACAUCGUGGGGAAUUAUGAAACUUGACAACUUAGCAGUCGUCUUUGCCAUAUCAUUUAUUGAGCCAUUAAUGUUGUAGAUGGGUGACAAGCUGGGACUGCAGGUAAAUCAAUUUAGCACUCUUUAGGACUUUCAGACUGUUGAUGGUACUGUACCACGGAUGCAGAAUGUGGUUUGGCACUAUCUUGCUGAAAUAAGUCUUCCAUGGGAAAAGCAUUCUCUGGAUUGUGACUACUGUAUGUUGCUCCAAAACCUGGUUUAGCAUUAAUGUUGCCUUCCUCAUACCAUCGCAGACACUGUAUGCAGAAAAUGAGACAAGUGGUCCCCCUCUACUUCAAAGGACACAGAGUCCAUGUUUUCAGGAGAGAAUGCCAAAUUUUGAUUUGCCACACCACAGGAAAGUUUUUCACUUGCCCUCAGUCCAUCUUAUACAGGUCAAGGCCCAGAGACAUUGCAGGCAUUUCUGGGUCAUGUUUACCAAAUGUCUUUUUUUUGGUCCAUGGUACAGUUUUAACCUGCACUUUCAGUUUGAUGACUUCACUUUGCAGUGUAAAUCAACUCAAAAAUAUGAAAUAAUCUGACACCCAGUUUAUGUAAGAUUUAUGGUACAGGCAAAAAAAUUGCAGCCUUUUCAAGGAUGAUGUAUGCUUUGUGUCUAAAACACUAUUCUUCUAUUUCAUAGGUUUGGAGUGGCCUGCACUUACUAUGGAAUCAGCUUAAAUGUGACAGGAUUUGGAGUUAACAUUUAUCUCACGCAGUUCAUCUUUGGGGCUUCAGAAGUCCCAGCAAAAUUUUUUGUCUUUUUCUCCUUGGACAAAAUUGGCCGACGGUUAAUUCAGGCUGGAACACUCCUUAUGACCGGACUGUGCAUCUUCUGCAACAUAUUUAUCCCUUCAGGUGAUCAAUUCACACCUCUGCUACUGGCAUAUCUACACUUCCGAUUUUGAUAUGAGAUAUAAGAAAAAGGGUGUAACAAAUUAAGCAUUGGAUGUUGCGGCUGUGUAGCACCUCUGACACCUCACUGAGGUGAGGAUUUGUAUAUGUUCACACCAUUCAAUUAUCUGUUUACCCAACCGAUCGCACGUACAACGGGGGCCACGAGACCACGCGUUCCAGUGCCUGUGCAACCCAAAAAGACUCAUCAGGCAUGCAAUAUUUUUUUUUCAUAGGAUGGUUGGGGAAGGUCCCAUGUCCUUUGCUUCUGAUUGGCUAGAAGUGCUGGGCUUCGAUUGGUUAUUCCUCAGGGCUGUGAAACGUCAUUGUCUGUCAGGUUAGGGUUAGGGUUAGGAGAUUCAGAAUUACAGUAAUGUUUUGUAAUGUUCUGUUCAAUGUACAGAGCUGACAGUCCGUGCUCGGCUUGAGUGUCUGAUGACGUUUCCAGAUCUUUUAGCCAAUCAGAAGCAAAGGAGGCAGGACCUUCCCCUACUAUCCUAUGAAAAAAAAUAUUGCAUCAGGCACACCACCACACUGCACAUCAGCUAACAUGUUAGUGAGCUGCGUUCAAGGCAAUGUACUUUAUGCUUCUAACGUUGGCUAAUCAUUAGCUUGCUCACCUACCAAUUGAUUCCUGAAGGCAGAAGCUGGUACACAACAGUGCUUCACAAACUUAAAUCUUAACAACACAAUGAGGGUCUAUAUAAUAUGUUUACAUACAUUUUGUGAUGCUUACCUCUCAUAGUCAUUACGUAAUGACUGCAGCCUUUAGCCAGGAGGUUGUGUCGUCAGAUGGUUACCAGAAGUCACUCUGUGUUUCAACCCUUAGCAAUAACACCCUCCUGCUGGCGGGUCAGCAGUGGUGGCCAGCCACUACACACUCCCUCCUUGCUGCCAGUUUGCCUCCUCCCUCCUAUUCCAAAUCCAACUGGAGGCUCUCUCUGCCGCCUCCCCCAAUCUUCGUACCACCUUCUUCUUCUCACUUCCUGUCAGUCUCACUGCUGUCAACAACUUCUGUAACAACUUCCAGGCUGAUUGAGCUGGGAAGUCUCUAUACCCUACCUCAAUCAGGUACAACCAUAUCUGCAAGCCUUUCUCCUUUCAACCAGAUCUCUGUAGCACUCAGAUUUCCUCUUAAAUGCCUCAUCCCACCCCUCUUCCCAAGGCACAAUAAGCUCCACAAGGAUGAUCUUUUUUCCUUCAGUGGAGAACAGGACUGCAUCUGGACGAAGGGUUGUAUGGACGACAAGAUGUGUGCCAUGGUCCCGUUUUUCCCGCAGAGUUUGCACAUUGGAUAGUCUCUCUCUUACCCCAUCUGUGCAGAUUCACUGGGGUUAGUAGGGUGUCAUAUAUAGCCCUCAGCAAGAAGGAGAUCCAGAAUGGCUCAAGCCUCCAUAGGUCUGACCAUAUCAGCUUCCUCUUUGGGAGGCUUCACCUUGUCCAGGCUCCCUGGGAUCCUUGCUCCACCACUCUCGCCUUCCUCUGCUCUUCCUCUAGGUUCCGUAUUUCAUCCUGGACCAUAGUUCUCCUCUCCCUUGGAUUAGCUGUUCCCGACUUUUGAAAGUGGGUCAUCCCCAGACCUUGCCUGCCUGUGCAGGGUGCUCCAAAAAUGUCUCUGAGCUUGAGAUUUCCUUCUACUUGUGCUGUAGAAGCCUCCCACUUCCAUCCUGUUCUCGUUUUUACCCUGCUUCCUGGACCUUGCUGUCUCUCAAGUCUCUAAUGGUCAGGGCAAGCCUGCACUUUGCCACCCUGUAUUCCUCAGCAAGGGAUGACAGUGGUAGUUGAAGUUGCCCUGAUGUAGAGUCCGACCGAUGUGAAACUUGGAGGGAUUCCAAGCCACCUCCUAAGGUGCUUGUUGAUCUUUCGCUCCACUCCUUCCACCGCUGUUAAUAGGACUUCAUACACAGUCAUCAGCCACAUCAGCCUGGGAAGAAGGCCAUGUUGGUAUAGCCAUGCCUUAAACAUUCCAGGGAGUCCAGAUUUCUCGAUUUUCUUCAGCCAUCCUUCUGCUUGCUUCCCAGUGGGGUGGACAUUUUUUAUGAUGGUCAGUGACUCAUCAUAGCACUUUCCCAGGCACUUGAUGAGAUUGUCCGUGAUGGAUGGAAUGGCCUCGCCCUGUAUGAGCAGAUUAUACUUAUCUGUGAUGUUACCCUUCCAGAUAAUCAUGCUCCUUGAUUUUUUUUGGCUUGAAUGUCAUCCUAGCCCAGGUUGCCACCCCACCAAGUUUUUUUUAACACCCAUCCUGCCUGCACAUGGGUAGGUGUUGUAAUCGUCAGGUCGAUAAACUCCCUUAUCGCCGGUUGACGGACACCAGGGUGGUAUAGGGAUCCUUGAUGAACUGGGCCCUCCUUUUCUCCUUUUCCUUGCUAAGUUUUCUUGUUCUUUCUGCCCUUCUUAGUCUGAUGAAGCACUCCGAAGACUGCUUGUGAGCUUCUUUAACCCUUCUUUCUCCUCAGAGCUGCUUGUUUUGUACCUCCUAUUCAGUCCUUUGAUCUCUUUCCGCAGGGUAUGGAUCUCCCUCUCUCACCUGUUUGGUUGUUUUGUUGCCUUGGUAUUGACCUUUCUCUCAAAUGCUCCAAACCGUUCUUUUCCUAGGUUAUAUGUGAUCUCAGCUCUGCUAUUCCAUCUAGCUUUGCUUCGAGAACUCUGUCCAGAUCAUCAUCAAAGUUUGUCCACUCCUUUGUGUCAGACAUUUUCGGCCAAUUAAUCCUCUCCUUUAUGGGUUCGGUCUGUGGUGCAACACCUGUUGGGGUACACCUGUGGGUUGUGGGUGUUAAUGGUGCUGAGAAAUCUCUAGUACUGUGGGGUGCUUCCUGAAUGGAGCUUUCCUGCGCCUCACCAGACCCGAGGUCUGUGCGUUGCACCGGUGCCACUUCUUUCCUACACUUGGACCUGGCCUGGUGUAUUCUGAGGCCCCUUACGUUUUUGCAGAUCUUACUGCAGGAGGAACACUUAACCUUUGGUGCCUUCCCAGUUAAGGUGGUUUGGGUGAGCCUUCUCUGUAUCCUUGUUCCUGUCAAGUCAUCUAUAUGGUAAAGCAAUAGUGGAAAUGUAACAAACCUUGCUUUGUACAUCUCCUCGCUUCAGCAGUUGUGACAUCAGUCUGGUGAGUGAGUGAUGCUUGGUUUCAAAUGUCCUAACGUCUACCCACUGUGUUAGGUAGUCCACAAUAAACCAACAAAACUGUAUAGAAAUUACAACCCAACAGCUAAUAACUCUGUUCCCAACAUAAAUAACCUUGUGAAUUGGGUACUAAGAAUACCCAACCUCAUGAAAAUAACCCAAAUAAAUUGACUAACAGGCUAACCCAACCUUUUUUUGUGUGUGUAUGAUCUAGUUGGUAAAGCACAUGUUGGUGAACCACAAUUACUCAGCUGAAAAUCAACAUAAGAUACAUGUGCAUAAAAUAAAAGCAUAAAAGGAUUUGUACUAGAUUAAAAGGUGUUUUUUAUUCCAGAUAUGGGGGUAUUCAGGACUGCUGUGGCUGCUUUGGGAAAGAUGUUUUCAGAGGGAGCCUUUACAACAGUAUAUCUGUACACAACUGAGCUUUAUCCCACUGUAAUGAGGUCAGUGAAUACAAGUUUUAACCAUGUACAUGUACAACCAAAGUUUAUAGAGUUAAAGUUGUAUCCUGGUCGGGUAAUCUUGUGUAUUUUUGGCUUCACAGACAAAACGGACUGGGUUUCUGCUCCUUUGCAGCUCGAUUUGGUGUAUCAGUUGCACCUCUCAUUAUGGUUCUUGAAGAAGUAUGGGGCCAUUUGCCAGGUACUGUUUUUACCCUGGUGGCUUUUGUUUGUGGGAUGGCAACUCUAUGUCUUUCCGAUACAAGCAAAGUUCGUUUACCAGAGACUAUCGAGGAUGUGGAACAGACCAGGUAUUUGGAGCUUUGUUAGUACUGCGGCCAUAAAUUUGAAUGAGAGUUUAACUUAAAAAUGAUUUUAAAAAUGUCUUUUGUGUUUCAGGAGAAGAUCAGAUACCUCAUCUGAAGAGAAAUCCCCCCUUUAA